AUGAUAAAUGGUAGGAAAAACAGAAGUGUGAAAACAAAAAAUUACAUUAUAAAUGUCAACUGCUACACGUGGAUUAAUAACAGCCAUGGGCUGUUCGACUAUGAGAGCGAAAAUUUUUACAAAAAAUGCUUUAAGAUAAAGUGCCUGUACAAUUACUACUACAUAUUGAAAGACGACAUUAACGUGGAAAUUAAAAAUGAAGAAGAAAUAAAUAAAAUUAUGCUCAAUAACUCCAGUAUGAAAUUGAUAUGUAAAAUAAAGUAUAUAAAUAAUAAUUACCAGUUGAUACCUUGUAUUGAGAGCAAGAGCGAGGGGUCCAGCACUGCGGGGGGGACCGCAGUGGGAGAGCCGCACGGAAGCAACAAUGUGGUUAAUAGGGACAAUAGCGAGUAUGGAGGUGACGGCGAAGGUAACAUUGGAAGUAACAACGUAGGUAACAGUGACAGUAACAACGCACGUAACAGUGGAGAUAACCGUGGUGGUAACAGUGUCCUUAAUGACAGUCGCGAUGACGGUGAUCACGGCGACAGCGGAGGAAACGACGCAGAAAACUUCUGGGUCAUCGUCAAAUACCUAAAGAACAAAAGCUCUAUACUGCACGAAGAUGACAUUAUAAAGCUUGGCAGAGUUAAAUUGAAAAUAAAAAAAAUUAUCACCAAUGUGCAGCAAGAGAGGGAGUACAAUAAAUCUUUGUCUCCAUUCGACGAUGAUGAAUGCGAAACGGAUAUCCCAGAGAUGGUUGGCCUGGCAUGUAAUGGCCCGGGGGAUAUUGGUGGGGGGGAUACGGGCCAUGGAGUGGUUCCCCAUCGGAUGCCUACUCCCCGGAUGGAACACACCACAGGAGACAACGCCCUAAUUGAUAAAAACAACCCUUCGAACAACUACGUCAGCGGAAGCAUCAACCCGAAUGUCUCCCUCUACAGUAGCCAACGGCAGGAGGACGAGAACAUCUGCAUUAAUUGUGGCGCAGCCAGUAACGAUGUGGAGGAUGGCUACAAUUUGUAUGACGAUGUGGACGAGGGGGACGACGUUAGCGAUGCGGUGGAGGGGAGCGAGCUUCCUAGAGAUGGGCAAAGCUUCCUUGGGAGAAGUACCAACAGCAACAUAGGUGAACAAAACCGACCACAAGAAAGUGACAUCAAUUUAGCUGGCAACAAUUCGUACGUGGACGAUUUUUAUCUUGUUAAGGGGAACGUGCUGAAUGGGGAACUCAAUGGAGAGUGCCGCACUGGGGGAGGGAGAGGCGCACAAAGUAAGAACCGACAGAAUGAAGACGACGUAGCAGUGGUAAGUGAAUCCCCAUUUCGUAGCGUAUUAAGUCACCCCUCAAAUGGGAAGACGCAGAAUGGAGGUGGUAGCCUUAUUGACAAGCACACUACCGAAGCCUCACGUGCGAGAAAACAGGACAGUGGAGCGGCGAACCGAUUGUUAGAAACGAAGUCUAAUUGCAGUGGUGCGAUAAGCGAAAUAGACAACGAUGGUGGUGGAACGAAUUCCAAAAGGGACAAACCCGAGGGGGGACUAAACCAGUCAGAAAAUGCCGCAACAGACAAACACGCAGCUUUGUCUAACUUAGAACAGCCCCCCUAUGAUUCUCAUGGGGGGCAUUCAAGCUGUUCAAUGAGUAGCCCCAAUUUGGGGAACCUAACAGGGGAAAUCAGUUCGAUACGUAGUAAUGCUAGUCGGAAUAAUGCCCCCUCUGGAAGGGCGCAGAGAGGAGGAGGCGACAACACAUCGAAUAGCAGCAACAACGUUGUAAAUUUUGUUCACUGUAGUAACCAAUUGGGGAAUAUAAACGAGAACGAAGACGGAAGAAGUGGAAGUAACAACGAAGAUUCAUUCCGAUUUAUGCGAAAGAGAACAACAUGUAUGAGCAUGUCCUGCGCGAGUAAAGAGAACGUCGCGUCGACGACAGAUUAUGAAAAUAUCCAAUCGAAAGAUAUGACUCAACGAAAUAAAGGUGAAGGGGGGACACCCAGCUUGUACAAUUGUAGAAUAUGUCUGUGCGAAUACGAGAAUGAAAACAACCCAUUGAUAUCACCGUGUAAAUGUAAAGGCUCUAUGAAGUAUGUGCAUCUGAAUUGUAUAAGAACGUGGAUGAGGGGAAGACUAAGCAUUAGAAGUGAAUCCUCUUCGUACUCCUUCUUCUGGAAGCAACUAAAUUGUGAACUCUGUAAAUUUCCUUAUCCAACUUAUAUUUUUUCACAGAACAGAUAUUUGGAGUUAUAUGAGAUCCCCAAGCCAGAGCUUCCCUACAUCAUCAUCGAAUUAAUGAAUGACAGAAACAGGGGAUUCUACAUUGUCAGUUUGGCGAAUACCAAAUGUGUUCGGAUGGGUAGAGGCCAUGACACAGAUGUACGUGUAAAUGACAUCUCCGUGUCCAGGUUUCAUGCCAUGAUAAAAUUUUGCAAUGGAAACUUCUAUAUAGAAGAUUGUAAAAGCAAGUUUGGAACCCUCAUUCAGAUAAGGAAGCCAGUCUUUUUCAAUAUCAGACGAAACAAAUUCAUCGCUUUGCAAGUUGGACGAACCGUUAUGUAUGUUUAUAUGAAAAGAAAAAAUUGGAUCUCUUUACCCAUUUGUUUGAAACUGUCUAAAACGAAGGAUGAGGAUGUUAGCACGUUGGAUAAUUUCUCUUCCAAAUUGAUUAUCGAUAAUAAUAUGCAGUUAGAGAACAGCAACUUUGAGUACAACAGGGAUGGUGAGGCUGAAUCUGCUAAUUACGAGCGUGCGAAUGAGGUGGUGGAGAAUCCCAUGGUGGAUAAUCCUAUGGUUGAUAAUCCCAUGAUGGAUAACCCCGUGGCAGAUGCAGGAGAUGCUUCUGUCCUGGGGGACCUCGGGCCGGAGGACUUGAACGUAGCCAACACGCACAACAACAGCAGCGCGCAGAAUUUGAACCUAGACAGCACGGGCAGCAUCGAAAACACCACGCCCAGCGCGCCCAGUGGUGCGCCGCGCAACCCCGAUGAGGCUGUGAAGAGCACCGACCCUUACGGAAGCGGUGGAGUGACCAACCGUGCGGGCAAUGGCGCGAGCAACGGCGGGGGUAACAGCGCGGGCAACAGCACGCACAGCAGUGUCUCCCGGAACGUUGUGAAUGGAGGCGUCGUCCCCGGUUAUUAUUAA